CGAUCGAUUAUGGCGCUACAAUAAUAUUCAGGGGAUUCAACUACGAUUAUUUACUCGAGUCAUUCCGUAUAACUCGAACGUCCACUACCGCGGGAUGGCGUCCUCAUCGAGCAGCGACAUCAUCGACAUCGCCGUCGCCGUGGUCGGGACGGGCCUCGUCGGCAGCGAGUUCGUCAACCAGCUCCUGGGCUUCCCCAAGCCAAACCACUUCCACCUCGUCUCCCUCACCUCAUCCAAGCUCCACCUCUUCGCGGCCGAUGGGCUGAAGUUUGAGUCCGGGUCGGACUGGAAAGCGCAGCUUGCCCAGUCGAGCGUCAAGCCGAACAUCAUCGAUAUACACCGGGAGCUAGCGGGGAUCGUCACCCCCGGGCGCAGGGUGAUCCUCGUGGACAACACAUCCUCCGAGGAGGUUGCCGCGUUUUACCCCGAGUUCUUGAAGUCUGGGAUCAACGUGAUCACGCCUAACAAGAAGGCGUUCUCGGCUGGGUUGCCCCUCUAUGAGCGAAUCCUGUCUGCGAGCCUCGAGAACGGUUCUAGGUUCUUCAACGAGGCGACGGUUGGUGCCGGCUUGCCUAUCAUCUCAACGUUGAAGGAUCUGGUGGCUACAGGGGACAAGGUCUCGAAGAUAGAGGGCGUUUUCUCGGGGACCAUGAGCUACAUCUUCAACGAGUUCUCCACCGGCAAGCCCGAUGGGCCCUCGUUCUCGUCCGUCGUCAAAGUCGCGCGAGAGAAGGGCUACACCGAGCCCCACCCCGGCGAUGACCUGAAUGGCGCCGACGUCGCCCGCAAGCUGACGAUUCUCUCGCGCUUCAUCCCCUCCCUUCGCGCCGCCCUGCCCGACGGUUACCAAUCCGUCUCCAUCACCUCCCUCGUCCCGCCCGACCUUGAGGGCAUCGCGACCGGCGACGAGUUCCUCGAGCGCCUUCCCGAGCUGGACGACAACUUCGACAGGACACGGGGCCAGGCGGCGGAGGAGGGCAAGGUGCUCCGAUACGUCGGCGUCAUUGACGUCGCGAGCGGGGAGAUCAAAGCCGAUCUCGUACAGUAUCCGACAACACACCCGUUCGCUACCUCCCUAGGCGGCUCAGACAAUAUCAUCAUGUUCCACACAGAACGGUACGGCGCGCGACCGUUGAUUGUACAAGGCGCGGGUGCUGGGGCGGCGGUGACAGCGAUGGGUGUAAUGAGCGAUCUACUGAAACUUGUAUAGUACUGUGCACGACAACAUGUCACCACAAUGUUCGCAUUGUCCACUCC